AUGGCCAAAGCAUACACAAUUGACGAGUUCAAUUAUCAAAUGGCAGAGAUUGAAACAAUUGAUAAGAGAGUGCAGGAAUAUCUAUUUGAUGUUGGAUACGAUAAAUGGCCAGGAGCACGUACAAAAGUUAACAGAACAACAACAAUGAUAUCUAACAUGGUUGAAUCCAUCAAUUCAGCAAUUAAGUCUACAAGAGAUCUCCCAGUAACUCCAUUGCUUGAUUUCAUGAGAAAUUUGGUUAAGGAAUGGAACUACAAUAACAAAAAGCUCGCAAGAGAAACAUUUAUAAAGCUUGAACAAAAAUAUGAAGAUAUGUUGGAAGAAAAUUUUAUUUAUGCACGAAAGAUGAUGGUAAAGCGAUAA